AUGAGCACCAACGCAGCAGGAGUAGCCUAUGUGGCACCCGCACAACAGACCGCUUACGUGCUCUGUGCUGGUACGUACCUCUCUGCUCUUAUCGACCUCUGGCGCCACACAGCCGAGCUGAGCUGAGCUGAGCUAAGCUGACCAACAUGACUUUCCAAACAUGAUUUCUCAAACAGACUGCGGUACACCAAUCGAGCCAAACAAUGCCAAUCUCUGCGUCAACUGCUUGAGGAACGCGUGCGUUACUCCCUUCGAGCCUUUGGUCUCGCCGAAGAUUCGUUCCAACUCCUGAGAGCUGAUCUUGCAUCUGCGACUUUCCCAAUAGCGUCGACAUCACCGAAGGCAUCCCGAAACAGACGAGCAUCAACUUCUGUAAAGGAUGCGACCGAUACCUGUCCCCACCGACGACGUGGACCAUCUGCCAGCUCGAAUCGAGGGAGUUGCUCGCCAUCUGCCUGCGUAAGCUCAAGGGGCUCAGUAAAGUGCGCCUCAUCGACGCCGGCUUCAUCUGGACCGAACCCCAUUCGAGGCGAUUGAGGGUCAAGCUGACCAUCCAAAAAGAGGUAUGCAAGCAUGCCAGCUCUUUGCUCACCCUAUCAACUCCCCGCUGACCUUGUGGCGAUCUUAAUCCAGGUCUUCACCUCGACAAUCCUGCAACAAAUCUUUGAAGUCGAGUACGUCGUACAAGGUGCCCAGUGCCCCGAAUGCACCCGAUUGGCCGCAAAAAACACCUGGCGUGCUUUGGUCCAGGUCCGACAAAAGGUCGACCACAAGCGAACCUUCUUGUACCUCGAACAGCUCAUCCUCAAGCACAACGCCGACAAGGACACCAUCUCGGUCCAAGAGGUCAAGGAUGGGCUCAACUUUUUCUACUCGACCAAGCAACACGCUUUGAAGAUGGUCGACUUUCUCGGUGCCAUCGCUCCUGUCCGGUAAGUUAUGCCCCGCAAUCAUAUUCGUGUGGGCCACGCAUUCGCUGACCCCCCAGAACCGCCUCUCCUCCUUAGAGCCAAGACCUCGGAACAGCUCAUCUCGCAAGACAUUCAGAAUUCGACCACCAACUCGAAACUGACCUACUCGGUCGAGAUUAUUCCCAUCUGCAAGGAUGACGUUGUGUGCCUGCCUCGCAAAGUCGCCUUGGCCAUGUCCAACAUCUCGCAACUCGUCGUCUGCCACCGAGUCGGGAAUCAGAUCUACCUCAUCGACCCUUUGACCUUGACCCUCGGCGAUAUAUCCAGUUCGGUCUACUGGCGAGCGCCAUUCAGUCCCCUGGCCGAUAUCACUCAGGCGACCGAGUUCAUCGUACUCGACAUUGAGCCGACGUCGCACCCACCCAAGACGGCCAAAGGCGGUCGUUUCCUCCUCGCGGAUGCGCAAGUCUCCCCCGUCGGCGGGUCUAUGAACAGCGACGUCAUCUUCCACACCCGAACCCACCUCGGUGCCGUUCUCAAACCGGGAGAUACCGUGCUCGGAUACAUGCUCGGAUCGUCCAACUUCAACAACGACGCAUGGGAAACGAUGGACCAAUCGAGGGCGCCCGAAGUCAUCCUGGUGAGGAAGACGUACCCGAAUCGAAGAAAGAAGUCCAAGGCGCGUGGGUGGAAGCUCAAGUCGAUGGUCAAGGAGGUUGGUGGUGCUUCGCUCGAAGGCGCCGACACGAUCGGGUUGGGUCGCGAGAAAUCCGAAGGCAAGAAGAGUCGUGGCGCCGGUGCGGCCGAACAUGCCAAGGCUGAGGCCGACUACGAGAGGUUCUUGCGCGACAUCGAAGAGGACGAAGAGAUGCGUCAGACCUUGCGCUUGUUCAAAGACCCCAAGGCCGUGCAACAGCAGGAGAACGAGAUGAUUGAAGAGUCGGAUGUCGAGGACGCCGAAGACGACUUCCCCGAGAUCAACGUCGAUGACUUGUUGGAUGAUAUGGAAGGCCUCAACAUUGAGCCGGACGAAGAGGGCGAUGCUGGUAUGGAAUCUGAGUAG